CGGGCGGAGGCUGCUGAGGCUGCGAGACCCGGGCGCGCGGGAGCCGGGCCUAGGUCGGCGCCCUGGCAGCGGCAUCUGUGUGUGUGUUGUGGAGCAGCAGGACCUGCUGGGAACAAUGCCACCGCCAUCAGACAUCGUCAAAGUGGCCAUUGAGUGGCCAGGUGCUAAUGCCCAGCUGCUGGAGAUUGACCAGAAACGACCCCUGGCUUCCAUCAUCAAGGAGGUUUGCGAUGGGUGGUCAUUGCCAAACCCAGAGUAUUAUACCCUCCGUUACGCAGAUGGUCCCCAGCUCUACAUUACCGAGCAGACUCGCAAUGACAUUAAGAAUGGGACCAUCCUACAGCUGGCCAUCUCCCCGUCCCGGGCCGCCCGCCAGCUGAUGGAAAGGACCCAGUCAUCCAACAUGGAGACCCGGCUGGAUGCCAUGAAGGAGCUGGCCAAACUCUCCGCCGAUGUGACUUUUGCCACCGAGUUCAUCAACAUGGACGGCAUCGUUGUGCUGACGAGGCUCGUGGAAAGUGGAACCAAGCUCUUAUCCCACUACAGUGAGAUGCUGGCAUUCACCCUGACUGCCUUCUUAGAGCUCAUGGACCAUGGCAUUGUCUCCUGGGACAUGGUGUCCAUCACCUUCAUUAAGCAGAUUGCAGGGUACGUGAGCCAGCCCCUAGUGGACGUGUCCAUUCUUCAGAGGUCCCUGGCCAUCCUGGAGAGCAUGGUCUUGAACAGCCAGAGUCUGUACCAGAAGAUAGCAGAGGAGAUCACCGUGGGACAGCUCAUCUCUCACCUGCAGGUUUCCAACCAGGAGAUCCAGACCUACGCCAUCGCCCUGAUCAAUGCGCUCUUUCUGAAGGCUCCUGAGGACAAGCGGCAGGACAAGCCUCUUAAUCCUCUAGACCUGCCUGUCACUGAUAUGGCCAAUGCAUUUGCACAGAAACACCUUCGGUCCAUAAUCCUAAACCAUGUGAUCCGCGGGAACCGCCCAAUCAAAACGGAGAUGGCCCAUCAGCUCUAUGUCCUUCAAGUCCUGACCUUUAACCUCUUGGAAGAAAGAAUGAUGACCAAGAUGGACCCCAAUGACCAGGCUCAAAGAGACAUUAUUUUUGAACUGAGGAGAAUUGCAUUUGAUGCGGAGUCUGACUCUAGCAAUGCCCCUGGGAGCGGGACUGAAAAACGCAAAGCCAUGUACACCAAGGACUACAAAAUGCUGGGCUUUACCAACCACAUCAACCCAGCCCUGGACUUCACCCAGACUCCCCCGGGCAUGCUGGCCCUGGACAACAUGCUGUACUUGGCUAAAGUCCACCAGGACACCUACAUCCGGAUCGUCUUGGAGAACAGCAGCCGAGAAGACAAACACGAAUGUCCCUUUGGCCGCAGUGCCAUUGAGCUCACAAAAAUGCUCUGUGAGAUCCUGCAGGUUGGGGAGCUGCCAAACGAAGGGCGCAAUGACUACCACCCAAUGUUCUUUACCCACGACCGGGCUUUUGAAGAGCUCUUUGGAAUCUGCAUCCAGCUGCUGAACAAGACCUGGAAGGAGAUGAGGGCUACGGCAGAAGACUUCAACAAGGUCAUGCAGGUAGUGCGAGAGCAGAUCACCCGAGCCUUGCCCUCCAAACCCAACUCCCUGGAUCAGUUUAAGAGCAAGCUGCGCAGCCUGAGCUACUCAGAGAUUCUGCGGCUGCGCCAGUCCGAGAGGAUGAGUCAGGAUGACUUCCAGUCCCCGCCCAUUGUGGAGCUCAGGGAGAAGAUCCAGCCCGAGAUCCUUGAGCUCAUCAAGCAGCAGCGCCUGAACCGCCUCUGCGAAGGCAGCAGCUUCCGAAAGAUUGGGAAUCGCCGGAGGCAAGAGCGGUUCUGGUACUGCCGCCUGGCGCUGAACCACAAGGUCCUGCAUUAUGGUGACCUGGACGACAACCCUCAGGGGGAGGUGACGUUCGAAUCCCUGCAGGAGAAAAUUCCUGUUGCAGACAUUAAGGCCAUUGUCACUGGGAAGGACUGUCCUCACAUGAAGGAGAAAAGCGCCCUGAAGCAGAACAAGGAGGUGUUGGAAUUGGCCUUCUCCAUCCUCUAUGACCCUGACGAGACUUUGAACUUCAUAGCCCCUAACAAGUACGAGUACUGCAUCUGGAUCGAUGGCCUCAGCGCCCUCCUGGGGAAGGACAUGUCCAGCGAGCUGACCAAGAGCGACCUGGACACCCUGCUGAGCAUGGAGAUGAAGCUGCGCCUCCUAGACCUGGAGAAUAUCCAGAUCCCCGAGGCGCCGCCGCCCGUGCCCAAGGAGCCCAGCAGCUACGACUUCGUGUAUCACUACGGCUGAGCCGGAGAGCACAGGAGGGGAUUUGGGGCCCAGGAGCGACACUCCCAGUCUGGUGCCUUGUCCUUUUGCUUGUACAGAAUCUGUAGUGAUCGUGGUGGCCAGCCACUCCUCACACCCACUUCGGGCCACCCAGAACUUCCUCUUGGCCCCGUCCACCAGGGUCACGAAGGCGAGCUGUUCCGCCCUCCCUGUCACCACAAAGCCUGGGGUUGGGCCAGGAAGUCAGCAGCCCAUGCUUUCCGGCCUGAGAAACUACACGUUGAACUGGGUGUAACAGCACUCAAUCACCUUUUCGGCAGCAGCCUGCUCUCUGAGAACGGGAGGAGCUGGCCCGGGAAGGGCUGUGUGCUGUGGACAGACAGACCAGGCUUGGAGAGCCCGUGGAGUGACCGCCAUGGGGUGACCUGUGCGUGUGACCCCUGGCCUUUGCCUCUGUCUCCUGCGCGAGGGCUUGCUGCAGCCUCAUUCGGUGCCAAGAUGCUGAUGGCUCACCAGGUCUGGCUCCAGCACUGGUCUCUGGAACCACCAGAUCUCUCUCUCGGCUAAAUGGGGACAUCCAGCCCUGUGAGCUCUUAGUCUCCUCCUGGCCAGUCUGCUCUCCAGGCCUCAUAGCCCACAGCACAGCUACAGGGAAAGCCCAGCAGAGGCCUGGGUGCAGACUGUGGUAAAGCCACCCUACCCCCACCCCCACUUCCCCAUGUUUCUAUCCCAUCCUUCCUCAGGGAGUAAAGCUCCCAGCAGUCUGAACAGUGGCCCCCUCCAUUCUAAGAGCCCAGGAGAUUUGCCAUCCCUUUCUCCUCUUCCUUGCGCCGUGGUUUCUGCCAUGGGCCAGGAUUUCAGGGAGCUGGCUGAAGCCGGCUGAGGCCACAGCUGUGCCAGCAGGCGUCCCUGGUGCUGCAGCACCCGUGACCCACACACGUAGCCUCUGUCCUGUAGGUUAACACGGUGGCGCUCAGUUUCCGUAACUGGCGUGGCAGGUACGACCCAAUGAAGAGUGGACUCUAUUUUCUCUACUAGGCCAUACUUAUAUAGCCCUGUAUAUAUAUAUUUAUAUAAUAUCAGCCUAUCCUAGGAUUGAAUGCUUGGGGGAGGGGAACGCGGGGG